AUGGCUAUUCGGGAAAUUAUUGAAUCCCUUAGUAUUACAGAUUAUUUCCUUAUUUUUGCUUUAAUCUUUGCUACUUACGUUUUUAACUUCUAUUAUAAAUAUUUAACUCGCCCCAAUCCACUCCAUGGUCCAUUCCCUUUGCCAUUCAUCGGAAACCUUCACAACAUGGUUUACGAU